CCCCCCCCACCACUCCGUAGCAAUAAUUUACAGCCGCUGGGGGAGCAAAGACAACACGCGCGCCCGCCCGCUCUGUCACACUCAGGGGCCACUGGCUCCCAUCAUUCACCAGUCGUCGUUUCCUCCCUUCGCACUUUUGCGUUUUUUGUCGUCGUCGCACCGCCGGCUCGUUGGCCUCUUGGGGCCGCCGGCGGCGGUGCUCUCCCGUGGGGAUCUUGAAGACACCCGAAUACGCAGGAGCUGAUGACGCCAAUCGGAACGGUGUAGUAGGGAAGCCUCCGUCGUCCCUCCCCGCUCCCCGUGCCGUGCGCUGCAGCCGUCGGCAGAGGCCAGGAAACCCCCCAGCGACGACAAAGAAAACCUCUCGGAGUCUCCACCUCCACCCCCAUCACACCCCGCAGAUGGAGCAGCUGUUGGCGGUGUUGCUGUGCAUCGUGUCGGCGGCCGUCUGCCAUUCCCAAGCCAACAGCAGAUUCUGCCCCAAUGCCGACCUGGUGAGCCCCCACACGAAGGUGGCGCUCGCCUACACCGACGUGGAACUGAGCUGCGUCCCCGGUGGGGCCGGCGGGGCCGGCGGGCCCGGUGGGGCCGGCGGGCCCGGCGGGGCCGGCGCGUCCUCCGUCCGCUGGACGCUCAACGGUAGAGUCCUGGAGGAGAAGGGCGGUGGCGAGCACGGGACCACCAACGGGACCAAUACGAAGACGAGCGGCGCCCUGCUGCUUCGGCGCGUCACGCCCAGCGACAGCGGUCUCUACACCUGCCACGACAACAGCAUGCGCUUCCUGCAGCAGGUCGCGCUGCUCGUGGGCUACCUCCCCGAGAAGCCGACGGUCUCCUGCCACAGCAACAACCCCCACUUGAUCGUGUGCACCUGGGUACCGGGACAGCACGCCGACCUGCCCACAGACUUCAGGGUCAACACGACGUUCGCGAAGACGCACGUGGAGUGUCGGCGUAGCGCGGACUUGCCCCCAAACACGUGCCACUUGGCGGUAACAAUAAUGGCGUACGGCAAGUAUAUCGUUACAGUAACGGCCAUCAACCCACUCGGCUGCAACUACAGCAACUCCUUGAACUUCUUCCACAAAACAAUCUUGAAACCGGAUCCCCCCGGUGAUCUGCACCUGCGCUGGAUCGGCAAAGCGCUGCACGUGAGCUGGAGCUACCCGAAAACGUGGGCUGAGCAGGCCGACGCCUUCCCGCUCCAGUUCCAAGUGUGCUACAAGGCGGCCACAUCCCGCGUGUACAACGAGGGCCCCUCUCUGGACACCACGGAGAUGACCGUCACGGACGUGAUGCCCAGCAAGGCCUACGUGGUACGAGUGCGUGCCUCCGACAAGUUCACGAAGAAGCUGUGGAGUGAGUGGAGCCCCGAGGUGCGGAUCGACACCGUCACAGAUUCGCCCAGGUCGAACGAAGUUGAUCUCCAAUUCACGACGCAAACGAUGACGCCGUAUUCUGAUGAACAGACUGAGUGGUACACUUUCAGCCGAGAAGUCCCCCCAGAUGCCAUGCCAAACACGGGGGCCUCCGCCAACGGGAAGAGGAAGAUGCACAUAGCCAUCGCUUGUACCACCGUGUUCUUCCUCACGACCGUCGUCUUCAUCGUCGCCCUCAUCUACACCAGGAAGAGGCUGGCGCCGGUGGUGUUGGCUAGUGCCCUCCCGUGGAGCGGGAGGCUCAAACGCGGCGAGACGGGCGAGGAGGACGACUCUGCCAGCGACAAGCCCAGGCCGGCGUCGGAUGCCGACGCCGAGGGGGACGUCUGCCGGCCCCUCUACUCGAACGUGGCCGCCCCGCCUCCCGCGACGAUGCCCGAGCAACGGCAGUGCGACAACUUUUACAACAUGGAGUAUUUUUACAGAGGCGUCGAUACGGCGGACGUGCUGGACGCACCCAACGGCGUGGUGCACGCGAUGGGAUGACGGAAUUCCCACUCGGCCGCUCCCGCGAGAGCGUAGCCCGUAGCGCGACCAGUGCCGGAUGAAGCUAGUGUGGGGCCUGUAGCAUGAUGUUAUAAAGGGGUACCUAAAUAAAAAAAAGUAAAUAUAAAAAAAUGUUUUGCUU